AUGUUGCUGAGAAUAAUGCGAAAGGGAGAAAAGCAAAGUGAGUUCAUCUUUGUGCCAUUUGGUUGUGCACUGGCUAUUCCAGUGAACCUCAUUCAUGCUGGAGUCUAUUCCAAGCCUGGAAGCAAAAACAUCAAUAGGCGAUUGCAUAUAGUAGUCACAGAAAGAGACGCUCUGAAGUAUCAUGAAAAACAAGACCACUUGCAUAUCAAUGGCAUUGAAGAAGAUCAGUUCCCAUCGGAGCGGUUCGAGGAGGCAAUGAAACCAAAUGCAGAGCAGGACUGGUUCAGCAAAAUGUAUCUGAAACUGUACAAGCGAACGGCAACAAAGCUAAUAGGCAACGUUAGGUGGUGCAAUGGAAGAUAUACCAUGACCCGCAACAAUGAUGGCAAGGAUGAUGAUGAUGACGACGAAGACAACGCUGAUGGAGAUGAUGCUGAUGAAGACAAGAAUGCGAAAGACGAUGAUGACGAAGACAAUACUGAUGAACACAAGGUCGGCAAAGAUGCUGCUGACGAAGACGAGGAUAGCAGCAACACUAAUAGUGGCAUAGUGGUUUAA